GGCAGCACUCCGCCGGCAGGGCACGCGGGCGCUGCGGGGCGGCAAGAUACCCACCAUAAACCUGAAUCAGUCCCGCGCCCUCACCUUCCUGUGGACCGUCACGGAGGGCAUCAUCGCCGCCAUGGACGAGCUGGAAUCUGCCGUACAAGCCGCGCUUGCCGUACAACGACCCCCGCCAUCCUCCUUCUUACCCUUCUCCUUAUCUACGUUAUUACCUGCCUCCUGGAUGCGACCGAGGCCUCAAGCGGUUGCCACAGCAACCGAAGCCAAACCAACUACCACCGCCAACACAACCGACAAAUCCACCUCCAAACAUUCAGCUUCCAAGCACGGAGACGGCAGCAGCACCGGCAACCGCAGCAGCCGGCCAACACAGCGGGAUCCGGAUCUGGGCAACAGCAGCCGGGAAAGCGCCGCCGCGGCCCCUGACGUCACGACUGCCCGCGUCAGUUCGGGCAGCGGUCACGCAUCCAGCGACCACGUCUCCAAAUCCUCGAUGUACGACGAGAGUUUCGUAGCCCUAGCGCAAACUGCGGUCGGUGUUGCUACUACAGGCAAUGCAGCUCUGCAGGCGGAGAGCUCUGAAUCUCGGGAUGCCGCGAUGGCCGCGCCGGACGUUGAAGGCGUAAAGGCGAGGAGUAGUGCAGGCAGCGGGGGGCAUGAGGACGGGGAAAGAGGGGGUGCCGGGGCGGUGGUGGUUGAGCUAACAAAGCCGAGGCGAGUUGGACUGUUUGUGGGGCUGCUUCAGCGGCGGGCAGCUGGGUCACAACAGCAGCAGCAGAAACAACGGCAAGAGCAGGUGCAUGAUCAGAAGCAGGCGCAACCAUCAACACCGUCGCUAGAGCAGCAGCAGCAGCAGGAAAAGGUGGUUGGCGGUUGUUGGAGCGGUUGGGACCAACGGUGGCGGUUGGUCGCCAAGGAUUGGGAGUGGGCGAUGGUGCUGUUGAAGUUAACCCUGGCCAUACCCGCACUGCAAAACACGCCCUCCAUGAUAACCGGCAACCUGCGGCUGCUGUUCGCCGGUGGCGCCGCCGGCCGCCGUACACUGAUGACGUCACGUAACUGCCAGUUUGGUGUGAAGUACUGGCUGGCCAGCAGUGUCGUACUCUGCAUCAUUUUGGGUCUAGCCAGCCGGCCGGAUGUGGAGGUAAUGCGUCGCUUCUCAAUGCUGUACGCCUUCCUGGCGACAGCGGUCAGCAUGACGGAUCGGGUUGAGUCCACCCUGAGUCGCACCCUGCAGCGGGUGGGCGGUACCGUGUGCGGCGGGGCGGUGGGGCUGCUGGUGCUGCUGGCAAAGCCGCUGGCUCGCUCCCCCGUGGGGCUAAUGGCGGUGGUGUGCGCGGUGACAUUCCUGAACGGUUGUUUCGCAGCGCAUCGCUACAUGUACGGAUUUGUACUCGCUCUCAUCACCGUACAAUCCAUGGUGCUUUGCCAGUACGGCACCAACUGCUGCGACUUUGCCGUACACACGCUGGAGUUGUUUGCGGCGCGGGAGGUCUCCGUACUGAUCGGUUGCACACUGCCUGUCAUCUUCUCUCAGGCGGUGCUACCCUGGUUCACCUCCGAUUGGGCGCUCGAGAAGAUGGCUGGCGCCUGUCUGGGCGCUGCGGCCCUGGUACGGCAGCUGUACGAGCAGUACUACAUGGAGCACCUGCGGGCGCACUUGGGCUACCGGGGGGUGGCGGCGACUGCGGAGCUGCUGCGGCGGUUCGGGCGGG